UUUCUCUUUCCUUGCAACAAUGGAAGAAGCAAAACCCAACAAGGCGGCCCUGCUCUCAUUCCUGGCCUUCUUCCUCUCACUCUCCGCAGCCGCCGCCACUUCUAACUUCCAAACACAAACACUAACCGUCAACACUCUCCCUCACCCACCCAUCCUCUCAUGGCCCGAGUCCGAAUCCAAAUCCAUCUCCGAUUUCGACCCAGCCGAAUCCGAAGCGGAAUCCACCGCCAUCUUCUCCCUGCAACUCCACCACAUAGACGCUCUUUCCACUAACACAACACCACACCAGCUCUUCAACCUAAGGCUCCAAAGAGACGCCGCCAGGGUCCACGCCCUGACCUCCAUUGCCGCAGCUACCAACCGGACUCGUGCUGGGCCCCGUUCUCCCAGAUCCGUUCCGGGUUUCAGCAGCUCAGUCAUCUCUGGUCUAGCUCAAGGAAGUGGCGAGUACUUCACGCGCCUCGGUGUUGGAACCCCAGCCAGGUACGUGUACAUGGUGCUUGACACCGGAAGCGACGUCGUUUGGCUUCAGUGCGCGCCAUGCAGAAAAUGCUACCAAGAAGCCGAUCCAGUUUUCGACCCAUCUAAAUCCCGCACCUUCGCGAAAAUCCCCUGUGGCGCCCCUCUCUGCCGCCGCCUUGACUCUCCGGGAUGCAACCGGAACAAGGUCUGCCAGUAUCAGGUCUCCUACGGCGACGGUUCCUUCACAUUCGGUGAUUUCUCCACCGAAACGCUCACAUUUCGAAGGAGGAGGGUUGCGCGCGUGGCACUCGGGUGUGGUCACGACAACGAGGGUUUAUUCGUCGGUGCUGCUGGCCUUUUGGGCCUGGGUCGUGGAAGGUUAUCAUUCCCAGCUCAAACCGGACGCCGGUUCAACCAGAAAUUCUCUUACUGCCUCGUUGACCGAUCCGCUUCUUCCAAACCAUCUUCAAUCGUUUUUGGUGACGCUGCCGUUUCUCGAACCGCUCGGUUCACUCCGCUUCUCAAAAACCCUAAGCUUGACACCUUCUACUACGUUGAGCUUAUAGGUAUCAGCGUCGGCGGCACUGCCGUUCGCGGAGUCUCCGCCUCGCUCUUUCGGAUCGACGCCACAGGGAACGGUGGCGUUAUAAUCGAUUCGGGAACUUCAGUAACCCGUUUGACCCGACCCGCUUACAUCGCCCUGAGGGAUGCUUACCGUGCCGGAGCCUCUCAUCUGAAGCGUGCGCCGGAGUUUUCGCUCUUCGACACGUGUUACGAUCUGUCGGGGCAGACUUCGGUGCAGGUUCCGAAGGUGGUGCUGCACUUCCGAGGUGCUGACGUGUCGCUGCCAGCUUCGAACUACAUGAUCCCGGUGGACAACAGUGGCAGCUUCUGCUUUGCGUUCGCCGGAACGAUGAGCGGGUUGUCCAUUAUUGGCAACAUUCAGCAACAAGGGUUUCGGGUCGUGUACGACCUUGCGGGGUCUCGGGUCGGGUUCGCGGAGCGAGGAUGCGAGUGAAUGAAUCCUGGGAAUAUCUUUUUCCCCUGUUUUAUUAUUAUUGUUUUUAAUUAUUAUUAUAUCUUAAUUAAGUUCUGGAAAUGUUAGAUUAGAUAAGGUAGAUGAAGAUGGGAGGAGAAACUAAAUGAGAAUGUGUGUAGUUUCUUCCAGCUCUCUAUUCAGAUGUGCUUUGUUGUUGUUCUUUUUACCCUUAGUCUUACCGAUUUGAAUAUAAAUAUUACUACAUUCUUAUUCGA